CUGGGGUCCCAACCAGUUCAGACCUCCUGGCUCCGAGGCGGGAAUUCAUACAUAACCACCGCCUGGAGGGUUAGUUUUCGGAGCCUCGGCAGGCGGUGGAUAUGGACACAUUCGGGCCCCCGGGGGCCGAAAUACGUCCAUGUCCACCGCCCGCUGGGGCACCAGGACGUCGGUUCCCCGGCGGUGGAUAUGGAUAAGUCCCCCCUUCGCACUGGCCGCCUCCAAGAGGAGACCCGCUGCCCUGGGCAGCCGCGCGGGGGGAGCGCGGCGCCGCCAAGGAGCGGAGCUGCAGGCGUUCCGCGAGCCUGGUCCCGGCGAGGCGCGCUGGCCUCGGCGGCGGGCCGCGCGUGCCCGGCGCGGCCUCCGGGCGCGUGCGCCCCGUGCCCGAGCACGGCGCCCCGCAGCCGGGAGAGGCCACGGGCGUUGAAGCAGCGUCGCCGCCCAGCGAUCAAUGGCAGCUGACCCACGCAGACUGCAGGCGCCGUUUCGCACGCAGUUCCUCACGCUGGCGUAUCUGCUCCUGCAGUGGAGCGUGCCGCUGCCAGGGAGGUCCUGCUGCUGGCCGCACGGUGCUCUGUAUGCCUUAGACAGGGCGCGGGACGAGCUCAGCCGCCAGCCGUGCAACAAGCAGCACGAUGGUUUUUUGAGCGCCCAGUGUGAGAGUUGUGGGUUGAUGAUGCAGGGCGAGAUGUGCUGCGAUUUUUGCAACUCUGGUGACAAUGUGGCAUCCUCGAGCGGCAUAGUAGACGGGCGACCAGUCAGCUAAUCCAAGAGCAGUUGAAUAGAAUGCAAAUCGCCUCCCGCUUGGCCUGCAGCAGAGUGCUCUUCUAGCAACUAUGAUGGCACAAGUUGUUGCCCCCCCCCCCCCUCCCUCUCCCCCCGCUCGUCGGCCUCCUUCCUCCCUCGCCUCCACCACUUAGGCCAGCGAGCUGUUUCAAGAUCCCAACGGCCCCGUGAUUUUUUUGUAAGUCUGGGACGCGCUUCAGUAUAUCAGAGUGAGGGGGCUGAACGGUCAUUCACUGUCCCUGGGU